AGCACGGACAGCUAACAGCCGGAGUGUGUAAUGGCGGCCUCGGUGUUGUUGGGCUCCGCGGACCACCCCGGACUCAGCUUCCCGGUGGGAGGCGGCAGCAGGAGUGUUGUGGCUGGGAACAGUAGCGGGCUGGGGCCGGCGGGGCCGGCGCCCUGGAACCGGUCCCUGGACCGGGCACUGGACGAAGCCUCGGCCACCGGGAGCCUGAACCUCAGCGGCAGGAAGCUGAAGGAGUUCCCCCGGAGCGCCGUGAACCACGACCUGACGGACACCACCAGGGCCGAUCUGUCUCGUAACCGUCUGUCGGAGCUUCCUCUGGACGUUUGUCUCUUUGUGUCUCUGGAGAGUUUGAACCUUUAUCAGAACUGUGUGAGGUCUCUGCCCGACAGUCUGCUCAACCUGCAGGCCCUGACCUUCCUGAACCUCAGUCGGAACCAGCUGUCUGUCCUCCCUGUGGUCAUCUGCAGUCUUCCCCUGAAGGUUUUGAUCGCCUGCAACAACAAACUGGUUUCUCUGCCAGAAGAAGUUGGACAACUGAGACAUCUCACCGAGCUGGAUGUGAGCUGUAAUGAGAUCCAGACGUUACCAUCUCAGGUGGGCCAGCUGGAGGCGCUACGAGACCUGAACAUCAGGAGGAACCACCUGGUCCGACUGCCGCCAGAGUUGGCGGAGCUCCCUCUGGUGCGUCUGGAUUUCUCUUGUAACAAAGUGACGUCGAUCCCCGUCUGUUACCGACGACUCACACACCUGCAGACCAUCGUCCUGGACAACAACCCGCUGCAGACGCCUCCUGCACAGAUCUGUAUUAAAGGGAAGGUGCACAUAUUUAAGUACCUGAACCUGGAGGCCAGUAAGACGACCCCUGACCUCCCAGACUACGACAGACGACCUCUGACAUUCAGCUCCUGCGCGGACGAGCUGUACCCAGGACGUCCAUACGGAGCGCUGGACUCAGGAUUCAACAGCGUCGACAGCGGAGACAAGCGGUGGUCGGGGAACGAGCCCACAGAGGACCUGUCAGAGUUCCCACAGAGAGUGGCUGAGAUCAGCAGAGACCCGCGAGCGAGAGGAGGAGCCAUGCUGCCCAACGGAACCUAUGCGGAGCUGGAGCAGAUCGACUUCAUCGACAGCUGUGUGGGGGAGGAGGAGGAGGAGGAGGGGCGGAGUCGAGGUGGCGGGGACACCUCCAGUCUGAGCUCUCAAUUCAUGGCGUACAUCGAGAGACGCAUCACCAGAGAGGGUUCUCCAGUCAAAACCAACACGUCCAGGACGGAGGAAACGAGAAGACACAACAGGAGUGUGGUCGAUGGUGUCACAGCGCCCCCUACCUCUCAGACUCAGAGAGGAGGGAUGGAGCGGAUACGAAGGGAAGCGCAGCUCGCCGCUCUGAGGUACGACGAGGAGAGACAGAAGACCCGUCCUGUCCCAAGUCACACCAAGUAUAAAGCAGCUCAGAGUCCAACAAAGUCCAGUCCAGACAGUGAGACCGUCUACCCCUCCAGACGCUGCACCCACACAGAUGACUCCGCCCUCUUCAUGGGUGAAGACAGAGCAGCUCUUUCUUCUAAAGCCAAUCACUCACCUUCUUACCCCAGCUCAGGGGGCGGGACUUCCUGUCGAACAGCCAGCGUGAGGCCAGAGAGCUUCCUGUUUCGCCUCGGUCAGAAAGAAGAGAGGAGGAAAGGGGAUGCUGCUGCUGAUGCUGCUCCUCACCACCAGGAGGAGGCUCCUGCUGCUCCUCCUCUAGUUGGAGAAGAAGCUGAGCUGGUGGAUCAGCUCAGAAAGAACAUCGAGGCCCGUCUCAAAGUGUCGUUGCCAAGCGACCUGGGAGCAGCUCUGACUGAUGGCGUGGUGCUGUGUCACCUGGCCAAUCAUGUGAGGCCGCGGUCUGUCCCCAGCAUCCACGUCCCCUCCCCUGCUGUGCCGAAGCUCACCAUGGCCAAAUGUCGACGAAACGUAGAAAACUUCCUGGAGGCGUGUCGCAGGAUCGGAGUCCCACAGAGUCAGUUGUGUCUUCCUCUUCACAUUCUGGAAGAUCAAGGGCUCCCCCAAGUGGCCGGGACCGUCGGUGCCCUCAUCGACCUUGCCCCUCCCCGACACCCCGUCCCCAUGACAACCACCACCACAUCAUGAACCACACCAGGAGCCUGUGACACCACAUCCGAAACGCUAACACCACCACCAUCCUGCUCAUCAUCAUUAGCCCCGCCUCCGUCAGCCUCAGGAAAACGUGAACAUGAGUUUUAGAUGGAGUUGAUCUGAUGGAGACGUGAAACGAGCCGAGCGAUGGGACGUCUCCGGCGUCGGGACGGACGGACGAAGGUCCUCGUCCCCACAGGGAACCAAUUACCAAGAGAAGUGAGAACGUUAAUGACAGCUGCUCUCCACGGGAACACGUAACAUGUUCCAUGAGCAGCAGAAAUCCGGUUUAUUAAACACUCUCAUAAGGUUGACAUCCUUUUAUUAUUUUACCUGAAACUAUUGACCAUUUAAUCUUAUUUAACUUAUAUAUUUAUGGUUCGAAAAAGUUGAAUCCAGUUAACGUGUAAAAGUGAGAAUUCAUGUUUAUACGACACAAAUCAAAUCAACGUUAAAACCUAAAGUUAAAUGGAAAACACAAAUACACUAACUGUAAGCGACUGCACAUUAAGCUAACGUAGCUAAUUGCUAAGGAUAGCUCACCUUGAUGCAGUUUGUGGAACUGAAGCUAACGCAGCCAAAUAACAUUUAAACUUUAAAUAAGUUUUAGCUGAAAGCAUCAGCAUUCACUAAAGCUCAUUGCUAACAUCAGCAAAUAACAAUAAAGAUAGUUUAGCAACUAACAUUUCUAACUAACAAUCGUCAACAUAAAAUAGUAGUCAUGUCAAAAACGCUAACCUUAGCUAUCAUUGUCCAGUUGGUUCAGAGGCUAAGCUAAAACAUUUAGCUUUAGCCAUAGCUAACAGUACUUGGUUUAAAGUUGAAGCUAAUGCACUAAAUGGCUGAUUAUAUUUUAUUUUGAUAAAACAGCUAUCAGAUAUCUAACAAAGACAGAUUGAAGGUAAUGUUGGUUCCUAGUGAUAACGUUGGUUUAGAGAUGUUAGCAUCAUCUCUUAAAUAUAAAUGUAGUGAACAGAAGUUGUUUGAAAAUGCUACUUAUACGAAACGUCAAAGAUGGCUAUAGAGUUAGCCAUUAGCUAAACUUGAUCAUCUUCUCAGUGGUAGGAGGCUAAAGUAGCUCAGGGCUAACGUUAGCUUCCAUCUUGCUGGAAUCAUUCCGCUCUGUCUUCAGUCUCCAUCAGAUCCAGAUUAGAACCUUAAACCAGAACUUGAUCUAGAUCUGGUUCUGGAUCUCAUUCUGCCCUCAGCUCGGACUCACAGGCUCAUUUUUAUUUCACUGUUUAUUUUUGACUUUUCUCGGCUCUGACGGAUGUUUUCAGGUUGAACAGAUGUCGGAGACGCUGUCACUUCCUGUUCCGAUCGGUUCACGUGAUCAGGACCAAUAGAACAUGGACUGGAUUCGUUUUCAUUCAAUUCAAACUUAAAUAUAAAUAUAUUGGAUCAAUAUUAAGUUUGAAUGUCGAUACUGAUGUAUAUUGACAAAAACACGCGGACGGCCCGUCCAUCACAUAUUUAAAUAAUUCUUACUUUCCAAACAUGUUCAUAAGUAAAACCUACUUUUAUAAAUAACAGUUCAAACUGCAGCACAACAAAUGAACAUGUGAAUAAAUACACUUAUCUCUUUGUUCCCUUUGCAUAGAAACGAUAUUCUAGACAAACACACGCAGGUCGGACGUGGAGAGAAAUAAAAUGAGCUGCGUUCUCUCAACACAAAAAACAAAGACAGUAAAAAUCUUCUGUAAAGCAAUUUUCAAAAACUUGAAUUCCAAAGUUCCCUGAACUGUUUAUUAAGGGUCCUGAUGUGAUUGGACGAGGUCAGUCAGGUGGUUAUGGCGUCUCCUCAUCCUGUUAGUGUUGCAUGCUGGGACAUUUUUCAUGGUGAACAGGUGACCGACACUCAAACUGAUGUCACAAUUUAACUCUAUCAAAUGUAUGUGUACAGAUAUAUUCUGUAAGUAUAUAUUCACACACACCAUAUCCCAGAAUGCACCUGGAUGUCACGGCAGCCAGGUGAGAUGUUGAAGAACUAAAAGCAUCAGCUGGUCACGUGUUCUGGGUCUGACACUGACCUCAGAGGGCGGAGCUUCAGGUGUGGGAGUGACGGGUGUGCUGUCCAAUCCCGUGUCUCCGUGCACUGAGCCCCAGGUGACCACGUGGUUCAGGUGGUUCUCCUGGGAGGAGCCAGUCACGUGACAUCGUGGGCUCGGAAGCUUUAAGGACAUUCCACCGUCUGUCAGAGGACGACAAAGACACUUUGAUUCUCACAGGUUUUAUUUUGGUUUGACUUUUUUCACUUUGUAAAAAGAUUUGAACUGGAUUGACUUCAAUUCAUGAAAUAAAUAUUUUAAUUUGA